CACAGCAUUGGACUUCUAUACUGGUCUCUUUUCUCUGACAAUGUUUUCUUUGCGUAUGACUGAAUAACCUCAAAAAUGUCGUUUUACUUUCUUUUUAUGUGUAACGAAUAUUUUUUUGUUAUUGAAGUAAAAUAAAUGACGAUAAAUAUAAAUAAUUAUUAUAAAAUUUGACUUCUGUAGAGGUAAACAAUCUAUUAAGUUAAUCUAAAUUAUGUGUACACUCUAUUGUUGAAUUCUGUUAAUAUGAACAGAUAAAAAUUUCAAAACAAUGAAAAGAAAAAGUCAGCAAGAUACAAUGGUAUCAAAGAUACCAAAAACUUCAUUAUCACCAUCAUCAUCAAUAAUUAACCUUGAUGAUGACAAUAAUGGUGAUAAAUUAAAUACAAAAUCUGUAUCAAACACAACCAAGAAAUCCCCAAUUCAUGAUAUCGAUGAGUUUGUUAUUAAAAUAGAAAAGGCUGAUUCAGAGUGUGAGGGAAAACCAAAAUUAGCAAUUGAAAAAGUUACGGAUAAAAAAAGUGUAACGUCAUCAUCAUCUUCUGAAAUUGUACAAGUAUUACACAAAAGUAAACCACGCAUGCAACUUAGAGCUAAAAGACAAUGUACUUCAAAAGAGCUCAAGCAAAAAGAACCUAUAGUAGAAAAGAAGAAGCAACAAAAAAUAGUAGUUGUUAAGGAAGAGAAAGACUCAACGGAGACUAUGCAAAUGAAACUUCUUAGAGAAAAAAUUAAAUUAAGACAAGCUCAAGGUAAUGCUCCAAAAAAAUCAAAAAUAAUAAAAGAAAUUGAAAUAAAGAAGGAACCUUCACCGACAAUGCAUAGAAAAAAAAGUAAAAAAUCAAAUAAUGAAAAAUUGAGAACAAUUGAAGAUAAUUCUGAAUUGAUUUCACGAAAAAUUAAACAAGAACUCAUUGACAUUGAUAAUCAAUCAAAUGGUGAUAAAGAUUUUGACAAAAUAUGUAAAUUAAAAAAUGUAAUUAAAAAAAUAGAUCAAAACAAUUUUGUUCCUGAUAAUAAAUCAACAAUUGGUAAAUUUAAGAAAAAUACUACAUCUGUAUCAAAUGAAAUAUCAGCUGAUUCGAAAUCUCUUAUGGAAUCAUCUAAAUAUGUAAUUCCAAAAAUCAAAAAAAAUUUUAAAACUGAUAUUAAUAGCAAUCAAGAAAAUAAACUCAAUCACGAUGGUCAACAAAAUAGAUUAUCAUCUGCUCCAAGCAACCCUAAAAUGGAAGUACAAUAUUAUAAGAAUGCAGAAGAACGGAUGAAAGCAUUACGAAGCCGACUUAGUGCUGAAAUUGAAAUAAAUAAAGCCCGAGUAGCAACGGCAUCCAAAAAUGUGUCAAAUGAAAAUAAGGUAGAUAGUUUUUAUGAAGAAAUGGAGUGGGAACCUAUUGAAGAAGAACAAGUAAUCUGUGAGGUUCAAGCAAUUCGAGCACAACUGGGAAUUGGCGAAAAUGACAUUCAAAUGAAGGAGCUUUCUGAUAAAAAUAGUAAUGAAUUAACCGUCAAUAUAGACCAUGCUGUAAUUUAUAUAGUGGUUGAUACCAAUGUAUUAUUAUCAAGUAUUGAAACUAUAGGAAACCUUUGUAAUACUUCAUUUGGAAUUCGUGGCAAGCCAACAAUUAUAAUUCCAUGGACAGUAAUUCGUGAACUUGAUUAUAUCAAGGAUGACAAGAAGAAUACUAGUACUGAACGCCUUAAAAGCAAUGCUAGACGAGCAGUUAAUUUCCUUUAUUAUCAUUUUUCAAAAAAACAUCCACAGAUUAAAGGACAGAAAUAUCAAGAUUCUGUAAAUAACAGAACGAAUUUCGCUCUUGAAUGUCCUGAUGAUGAAAUUCUUCAAACUUGUUUACAAAUUCGAUCAUCGAAUUCUUUGGUCUUUUUACUUUCAUUUGACAAGAAUCUUUGUAAUAAAGCUAUGAUUCACGAUCUCACAGUUUUAGGAAAAGAAGAUUCAAUUGAAAAAAUUAAUAAGACAUUACAAAAAAUUAAUAAUCCGAGUAGAAGAGGUCGAGUGAAAAAAGAAAAUGUUGCUAUUAAGGAAGAAAUAAAAACUGAAGAUGAAAUAAAAAUAUUAAAUAAUCUUGACGCAUUAAAUGAAAUUGAAAAGUCUCCAUUUAAUAUUGAAGAUAUAUAUGAAGAAACGAAAGAUAUGUUAACUGCAUUUUUGACUGUCAUAGUUUCUAGUGAACUGAAAAAUACAUUUGGUGAUGAGUGGGAAAAAUAUACUACUUUGAAACCACCUUGGACAGCUAUUACCGUUUUAAAAUGUGCUACAAAAUAUUUCAUAGUUGUUGUUAGUGAAUCAUUUUCGACAAAAGCUGAACCAAUUCUUAAGACAUUACUUCAACUAAUUACCAAGUUAGAAAAUAACGUACGUAAACAAUUGAAAGAAAUUCAGCACAUUAUCGAACUCUUCAAUGAUUUAAUACAGUAUGUGAAUGAUGUUAAUAAGUAUCAGCAUAUAUUGCGAAGAAGUAUUGCAGCUAUUCAAGAGCUUAGGAAUAAAUGCAUGGAAAGAUUGAAACAGCAAGCAGAUGUUGAAAAUCGUAACGCUGAAAUAAAUUUAACUAAAGAAGAACAAGAAAUGAAAGCAACUAAAGCUUUUAAAUGUUUUGAAAACAUUUAUCGAUUUACUCGAAAUUUUUGUGGUUCUGCAUUAGAAAUUGCUGGUCUUCCUUGUUCAUUUCAAUUUAACAAAGAAGAUUUAAAUGAUGAAUUCAUAAAAAGAAACUGUCCCAAUAUUGUUGGCAAUUUAAACCAAAUCAUACGAGCAUUAAGUAAUAUUUUAGAAAAUAUCAGUGAAUUGCGCAUAAAUCAUAUAAAUUUAAUUGAGCUCUAUGAACUUAUUACAACUUUUCUUGGAACAAUUACAGAUGAAUCGAUCUCUGAUCAAAUACUUCCAGAAGACAUUUAUUAUUGCCUCAAAUAUAAAGAAGCAAAUUUGAAAUUAGGAUUUGAACAAUUCCUAGAAUUGAGCAAUCAUUUUGCUGCUAUAGCUCGAUCUAAUUCAAUACAAUAAAUUAUUUCUUUUAUGAUCAUUAUUUAGUUACUAAUUAAAAGUGGAAUUAAAUUUAAUUUUCUUACUCGUUUUUCGAUUCUUCUUUAUUUGUAUAUUAUCGUACUCUAAAAAUAUAUUACAUACAUCUUAGUGUACAUGCGUAAAUCGUCGAUUAACCGGGAGAACCAAAUAUUAACAAAGUAGUCCAGAGCUGUACAGUAAAGCUAGUAAAUAUUUUUAUACAGUUGUAUUUGUUUUGUAUGAAAAAGAAAAAUGUACAUACAGUGUAAAAAUAAAAGACUAAUUUCUAUAAAGUAAUGGGAAUCCUCUUAUGGGUGGUUGAAGCCAGUUUUCUUUAGAAUAAGUCGUUUGUUUGGUCUCGAUGAUGUGAAAUGUGUACGCAUGUCGUGAUUUUUCACUAUGGUUUGGUUUGGAAUAAUGUACAACUAAUCCAUCGAUAACGAUACAAGAGCCUUUACGGACAGGUACAGCAUGAAAAUUACUUGCUGGAUAACGUGGCAUCGGUCUGUCAUAGACUAAAAGCUCUGAAGAUCCAGAAUCUUUGUUCCUCAAGUACCUACGAUGGACUCCACUUUUAUGUGAUCCUGGUGCUAUCCAUAGACAACCAUUUUCGAGGGUUGCAUCAUCGAGAGCUACCCAGAUUCCAACAAGUUUUGGUGGAUCAACGUAAAGAUAAGUAGCAUCUUGAUGAGCUAUCACUACAAUUAAUCAUAUUUUGAAAAUAUUAUUGAUAAAGAUUCAAAAUACUUAUAA